CAUGGUCUCCACAUCCUGAUGACGGGGCGGUGAGAAGCGAGGGCUGGUUGUUUGUAGCGGUUUAGUGUAGCGGCUACUUAGUUUCUCUCUGUCCGGAUAUACAAUGUAAUUGUUGAUCGAUUCCGCGAGUACACAAAUACCAUCACCUGUACCCAGCACUGCCUGUGCGUUUCAGGCUUUGACGAGCAAACUCUUCCGUUUCGUGUUGAGCUAUCGUUUUUAAAGUAGCGCACAGAAUUGUUACAGUUUCCCCCAGAGUAUUGUAGAAGUCUCCCUUUGAUGAAUGCAUGCAGCUUGCAAUCCCCCCUUCCCAAAAUCUCCUGCAUGAGCCCUCGUUGGCUGUCCGACAGUUUUGCAUGCUGUCCCCUGAACUGAGCUGACCUCCCCCUCUGUCCCUGCUUUGCUGUAAGAAAGCUGCGAUCAACGCAAUGGGCAAGGACGGGAGUAACGGUCUUCUUCUCUCGUCGAAGAAAGGCACCUGCUGGCUCCGCGGGGAGCGUGGGCAGGAGAUCGAGAAGCUAAAGGCCGCCCUCGAAGUGGAAAGGGGCAAGAGCAGGCAGGCACACAGGAGGUUCGCCUCCGAGCUCCAGCGCCUGAGGGCCAAAGCAGAGAAGGAGCACCGGAGAGUCGUGGAGGAGCUGACCUCUAGGCAUGAUCAGCAGAAAGAGCUGGAGCUGCAGAAGCUGAAGGAAGCCCUGGCCAAGGAGAGGGAGGUGGAGAUCCGGCAGCUUCUGCGCAGCAAAGACGAGGAGCUGCGGAAGAUCGGAGUCUACCUGGAAAAGGAGCGGGAGACGGCCGUCAAGCACGCCCGGGAUCUGCAACGCCAGCUGGCAGAAGAACUGAUCGGCAAGUGCAGCUCCUGCAGGCUGGCGAGCAAAAGAGCCCCCAGUGAGCCCGCCUGCCUGAGCAACAGGGACACCUACCACAAGCUAGAGCAGCUUCUUCAGAAACUGCGAUGGGAGACGGACGGAGAGCAGGCCGCCCUCAUCCGACGUCUCCGAGUGGAGCUGGAUUUGGAGAAGAACCUCUUCCUCAGGCACUUGCUUGAGGUCCACAGUUGGGUGGCUGAGGAGGACAAGACCAGCAGACAGUGGUCCCUUGGCUGGCUUCAGGGACACGCGAGGCCUGCCGAGGAGUCGAUGCAUAAUUAUCGUUCCCGUUCGCUGCCCAGAAGGGCGAGGAGCAAGGAUUUCUCUCCUGGGGCUGACAAGAUGGCGAGACGGGAGUCCAGGAGCCUUCCUCAAAGGAUGGAGCUUGAUAAAAAUGUUUGCUGUUCCACUCCUGUCACAGGAAGCUCUCCAAACAGCCUGUCUAAUUCCCAGUCCUCAGCAUCCGUAUGUUCACGGAUAUCAUUUGGGGAAAAGCAGAUGUCUCUCCAGCACCAAUCCUCCACAGAGUCUGCUGUUUUUGAGAGGUCACCCCUAUCUCAAGGUGCCCUUCCCAAUAUGGACACUCUGAAUGGGACAGAUUAUGGGUAUCUCGUACGUCAGAACUCGGAGUUGCUCCGCGCGCUGGAUGAGCUGGAGAAAACCUGUGCAAAACUACGGGAAGAAAACAGCCUAUUGCGCAAAAGCAGCUCCCCGGAAACGGAAGAGAAGGUGAAGCGUCUGAAGAGGAAGAACGCGGAGCUGGCCGUCAUCGCCAAGCGGCUGGAGGAGAGGGCUCGCAAGCUGCAGGAGGCCAACCUCAAAGUGGUGAACGCCCCGGCGCUGGUGAGGGGGGGAGGAGUGGAGCAGUACAAGAGGGCUUUUGCCCGGCAGCGUGCCCGGGACCUGGCGCAGCACGCAGACACCCUCCUCUCCAAGGACAAGGAGAUCGCGGCGCUGCAGCAGGAGUGCAGGGCGCUGCAGGCUCGGCUCGGCCAGGGGAAGGGGUCUCCUGGCCUGCUGGCAACCAGCGAGUUUGAGACACUGCUGCGCGAGUCCCAAAAAGAAGUGCUGCGAUUACAGAGACAGCUCUCCGUGUCAUCGGCGAAAGAGCCUGCUUCUGGGACUGGCCAGGAGAAGGCCCAGUCUGAGAACCCAUCGCCAGUCACUGAUGAAGGCCCUCGACCUCCGGAAGAUACCAGUGGUCUCGAGGAGCAGAGGCCCAGUGUGACACCCGAGGCUCUCUCUUCCCAACCUGAGGACCAGAGGCUGCAGGAGCUGGAAAGUGAGCUGAGCAAGAAGAGAAAAGAAUGUGAAAGUCUCGAGCAUGAAGUAAAGAAAAGACAGAGAAAAUGCCUGGACUUGGAGCAUGAGCUGGAGGACGUGCGCGGGAAACAUGCGAGUCUAGAAGAGGAGGCGCGGCGCCUUAGGCUGAAGGCCCAGCUGCUCAAGCAGGUGCAGGCUAACAAUGAUGAGCUGAGGGACAGUCUCUCUACAGUGACAGCUCAACGCAAUUCAGCUCUUCAGGAGAACCAGAGACUUCAAGCCAAACUGGAGAACCUAGAGCAGGUCCUAAAGCACAUGCGAGAGGUGGCUGAGCGAAGGCAACAGCUCGAAUUGGAACAUGAGGAGGCUCUGACGAUCCUCAAGCUCAAACAGGAAGAGGUCAAACGGCUCCAGAAGGCUCAAGUGGCAGCGAAGAAGGAACAUGAGGGAGUGGUACAGUUGUUGGAGGACUUGAUCCAGCUAGUGUUACGGAGGGAGAUGGUGAAGGUGCAGGAGCUGGAGGAGAAAUGCCGCAGUCAGAGCGAGCAGUUCGGCCUGCUGUCCCACGAGCUGGAGCGGUUCCGUCUGCAGGCCGCCAAGUUUGACCUCCUGAGCUCCAGCCUGGACCCGCCCUCCCCGCUGACCAACGGGCUGGAGCUGUCAGGAGAGAAAGAUUCAUAUGGUUCUUGGGAUGUUAUCACUCUGGGAGAUGUCAGCUUCUGGAGUCUGGAUCGGAGCAGCAGUCCUUUUUCAGACAUUUCAUUAGAGGAUCUGGAGGUGACCCCGCCUGCUGCCCACACUGCCCUGGCAGCAGAACCGGCGAAGGAGCAGCCUCUGGAAGCAGAGGAGCUGUCCGUUCAGCACCAGGAGCAACCCACCGCCAGCAGCACCAAUUCGGAGCCUGAGCCUGCUGCCGGCACGCCAAAACCAGACUCCAGACAGCUCCCACCCAAAUCAGAGUCGCUCCCGCACAGCACGCCAAAAUCCUGCCCAACCCCAGAGGUUGACACUGCCAGUGAGGUGGAGGAGUUAGACAUUGAUGUGUCCCCUAUACCUGAGCCGGAGAACAGAGCUCCAGCAAAAUUGCAGGUCUUUAUUGCCCGAUACAGCUACAAUCCUUUUGACGGCCCAAAUGAAAAUCCAGAGGCAGAGCUUCCUCUCACUGCUGGAGAGUACAUCUACGUGUAUGGAGACAUGGAUGAGGACGGAUUCUACGAAGGGGAGCUGAUGGAUGGGCGGAGAGGGCUGGUCCCCUCCAACUUUGUGGAGCGGAUCUCCGACGACGACAUGCUGAGCUUUCACCCUCCAGAGGUCAGUGACCUGUCCCACAAUUCCUUCCAGGAGAGCAGCUUCCACAGCAGCAGUGAGAAACACCUCCGACUGAGCAUCCACAGCACAGAGAAGACCGACCCCUCUGUCCCAGAGGAGGAGGAGAAUCUAUCAGGCCUGGGGAAGGUGGACAGCCUGAUGUCGAACGGUUUCGACCUCGACAUGGAGGAGGUGGGAGAUGAUGCGGUGCCUUAUCCAAGGAAACUGACUCUAAUCAAGCAGCUUGCCAAGAGCAUCAUCAUCGGCUGGGACCCUCCCCUGGUACCGGCUGGAUGGGGGAAUGUCUGGAGCUACAAUGUCUAUGUGGACAAAGAGCUGAGGCUCAAUGUCCCGUUUGGCUCCCAGACGAAAGCCGUUCUGGAGCGGCUAGACGUUAACCUCAAAGCCUACCGCGUGUCCGUGCAGAGCGUGACGGAGAAGGGGGACUCGGACCAGCUCCGCUGCAGCAUCCUGGUUGGCCGAGAUGUGUGCGUGGCGCCUACCCAGCUGAAGGUGGAGAGCACCACCGCCACCUCGGCCAGCCUCGCGUGGCUGCCCAGCAACAGUAACUAUGUGCACGCGGUGUUUUUGAACGACGAGGAGUGCGAGAUCGUGAAGGCCGGCUGCUACUCGCACUGCCUCAGCAACCUCAGGCCGAACUUGAGGUACAGAGUCAAAGUGGAGGCCAGGCCACACCGCACGCCUUGGGAGUUACCCCUGGACCGGCGGGAGCGCAAAUGUGCCGUAACAUCGUUCAUCACUUUAACAGCAGGUCCUCCGGAUGCCCCACUGGAUGUCCAGGUGGAGCUGGGCCCCAGCCCUGGCAUUGCACUGGUCAGCUGGCUUCCUGUCACCAUUGACGCUGCAGGCACAUCCAACGGGGUCCGUGUGACAGGAUACGCCAUCUAUGCAGACAAGCAAAAAGUGUUAGAAGUUGCCUCCCCUACAGCUGGCAGUGUGCUGGUGGGACCUUCCCAAAUGCACAUCCUGCAGGCAGCACAGGAGCUCACAGUGCGGACAAUGUCCACUUAUGGGGAAUCGACGGAUUCAGUGCCUGUCAAAAUCCCAGCAAAGCUUUUCGCAGCCACGGCUCCCUGCCAGCCUCUGCCAACCCCACCCAGUGCCAGCAGCUUGCUGGAGGUCAGCAUGCACAGCGCCCCAAUGUGUAGGGACCCCCUGGACUCCACAACUGCCACAGCCCCUCUACUCCUUGCCUCUGCUCUUCGGGUUGAGCCGCCAGUUGCCCUCGCCGCCCGCGAAGCAUCCGUGCCCACCUUUCCCAAAGCAAACCUCGGUGACGGCGUGGGUGCUGCUCUCCACCGAGAGGAGAGGACAGAGUCUGUCAAUUCAUUGGCAGAUUCUUUGCCAGCAGCGGGGGCAUCAACAUCGAGCUUGAUCCUGCAUGAGGGUUCGUCGGUGUCAAACUUCCAUUUAGGCCACACGGUUGACAUCACCUCAAGUUCAGGAACUGGAAGACUGUUAGAUUCAACCAAAGACUCCGAAAGCGUCAUUGUGAAACGUCCAUCUGUCUCAAUCACGGACUUCCUGGAAGAGGCUGUGUCUAGCGCAGACCCCAGCAGCUCGGUAGCGGAAAUGAGCGUGGAGUCCUCCCAGGGUUUGCCAGGGGAAUCGGCAGGGAGGACUGAAGACCAGGUCCCCUCAGGCAGCCACAGCCACUGUCUGGACACCUCAGGGCAGGAAUCGGAGCAUGAGGCAGAGGAGGAGAGCUCUCAUGGGAAUGUUAGAGUGGUGUCAAUGGAUGAGUUCCUGGACCACAACCUGCAGAAAACAGGGCUUGGAAAUAUACCAUCCCAUCAGGACCCCUACCUGAGGCCUAAGGAGGACCCUGUGAAUGACCACCGGCUGAGCGAAUAUCAGACCGAGAGCAGCCGGGGUUCGGACCUGUCGGACAUCCUGGAGGAGGACGAAGAGGACCUGUGCUCCGACGCUCUGGGCACUGAGGAAGGAGAGGAGCAGAGUGGAGGGCUCGGUGUUGGAGAUGGCAGCAAGCCGGACACCUGGGAAACGGACAGCGAUGAAGAGAUUUUGGAGAAGAUCCUGAAACUCCCGCUGCAGACUCACCACAGCAAGCAGCUCUUCAGCAUCCCUGAGGUCACAGAGGAAGAAGAUGAGAGUCAGGAGCUGGAAGACGGCGAGUCUCCCGAUGUUUCAGAGACUCCGCACCACGGAUCGGAGAAGCGGCCCACAAUUCCAGAGACUUUCCAUGGAGCCAGAAAACUUGCAUCUGGCAGAAACCCCACCUUGCUGGCAGAAGCCAACAACCACAGUGAAGCAAAUGACAGACAAUCAAGUGGCAAAUUUAAGGAAGCCAGUGAGAGCCUGCUCUUGAUUCCAAAACCACACAGCUCUGCCAGGGAGUCAUCGCCAGGAUGUCAUCCCAUGCUGCAGGUCUGUGAGAAAUCAGGUGAGACAAAAGAUCCCAGUAGAUACAGUGUCCUGCAGAGCAGAAGCAAGCAACAUUCCCAGAAGACGCAUCUCUCUGCCAUGGUGGAGACAGGCAACAAGGCCUCCGAGUACCAGGAGGAGGAUUUUGACUCCGGGGGCAGCGUUUACAUCCACAGCAAGGAGCCCCGGAUGAGAAGAUGCCAUGAAAGAGAGCCCAAAGACUCGCACCUCCUGGCUGAGAAGUCCGGAGACAGGUUAAGGAGAGAAGCUCUUCUGCAAACCCAAAGGGACCACAUCUCUUCUGAGCUUCUGAAGUCUGGCCUUCAUGCUGGAAAGUAUUACAGCAGCAGAGGAGGAAGAGGGAACAAUGCUUCCGUGGGCAACGGCGUGGAAAUUGAUAUUGAGUACGGAACGGAGGAUGACGAGGAAGCUCUGGUUUACAGACCAGCAGCGGUCCACCUGGGGCAGAUGCACGCUGGCUGGUGGGUGGAUGGCACCCAGUCAGAGGGCCCGGAGGAGCUAAGCGACUGCUCCAGCCCAUGCGAGUCUGUGACCUCGGAGGGGCGCAGGAGGGAGCUGAAGAGGCAGGGGAUGGUGGAAGACGAGGUGUUUGAGUCCAAAUCGCCCUCUCACCACCAUCACCCCCGCUACCAGCACCAAGCUCACGAGCAGCUGCAUGGCCGGGGAAAAGUGGGUGUGUCCGGGACGGUGGGCUCCCGUUCCAGAGGGAGAGGGGGGCCAGAGGCAGGAGAGGGGGUCAUCCGUGGGCAGGAUUUUCACAAAACGGCUGGCCGGCGGGCGAGACCCGAGCACGGGGCAAAGGGGCACAGCAGCGAUGACUCUCACAGGGAAACCUCUGCCGAAGGAGACCCUCGGCUCCCACACUCUGCUGAGGCAGUUUCCUGGCGGGGACUGAACGGCUUCUCACCGAAGAUGGACCACUUGGAAACCAGGCCAGCAAAAGACGCCCCCAGGGCUGAGACUCCAGAGGCCACUGAAUGCUCAGAGGUGGAGGGGCUGGCAGCAGACAGCACAGUCCGCAUAUUUGUGGCUCUGUUCCAGUACGAUCCUGCUGUCAUGUCCCCAAACCCUGAUGCCGCUGAAGAGGAGCUGCCGUUCAAGGAGGGUCAGAUCAUCAAGAUUUACGGAGACAAGGAUGCUGACGGAUUUUACCGAGGCGAAUCCGGCGGCCGGCUGGGCUACGUUCCAUGCAACAUGGUGUCCGAAAUCCAAGUGGAAGACGAAGAGACCAGGGACCAGUUGCUUCAGCAGGGCUUCCUGUCUGCAGAGGCCUCCAUGGAGAAAAUAGACGAAGGCACUCGUUCGCACGCUCAGCUCCCGCGGCGCCCCGUUCCUCCGCCGAAACCUAGACGAUCCAGGAAAGUCGAAUCUGCAGGUGUCUGGGAGGAAAGUGUAGGCUCAAGUAGAGAGCGCAGUUGGCCAGGCAGCGGACCUCACUCUGUGGCCCCACGAAAGAUGGUGGCAAUCUUUGACUAUGACCCAAGAGAGAGCUCCCCUAAUGUUGACAUUGAGGCGGAACUGACAUUCAGUGCUGGUGACAUCAUAGUCGUGUUUGGGGAUAUGGAUGAUGACGGGUUCUUUUAUGGAGAGAGUAAUGGACAGCAAGGACUGGUGCCAUCUAACUUUCUCCAAGCCAUACCAGAUAAAGGAGUCGAGGCGCCUGGGAGUGUUUGUGAAGAAAAGGGGCUUUCUGAAAGCAGGCGUGAAUCACAAGUGAGCCUGGCGCCGUCUGAAGAGCAGAACGAAUCCCCAGUCGCCACAGUAGAAGAGGUCCCGGAUCCCAGCUCAGCGCUUAACAUCGUUCUUCCACAGGUCAUGACCCCAGAGGCUCCAAACCAGAGCGAGACCUCGCCCCAGGGCAAGAAGAAAAAGGGCUUUUUUUCCAAAGGGAAGAAACUUUUCAAAAAGCUUGGAUCCAGCAAGAAAGAGUGAAGCCGCUGUGUCCACCCAAGGACUGUUGUGAUGUUUUGACUUUUUACACAAAGCCAAUAGCAUUAUCUUUCAUGGUGAUACAGAAGGAGCAUCCUCUAUCCUUUUCCAGAAAUGUUUACAUGUGUGUAUAGACACACCAUGUGAAACAGGAGACACAAUUCCGAGAGGCGAAAUUCAAAAUCUUUUCUUGGUUACCACUUGUAGGCACUAGAUUUGUUGAGCUGGAAGUGUUAAUUCUAAUGGAUUGUACAUGGUUUUGUCCAAUGAGGGAUUAUAGAACAAAUAUUGUCCAAUUUAUGCCUUUAGCGAGUGGCACUGCGUCUUUAUGAAACUCAUUUAGCUGUAGAAAAGGACAUGUACCCAUUCUGGAGCAAAGCUUCUUAAAUUGUUUACACAUUAACAUGAAUCACAGAAGAGACUAAGAGAAGACCAAUUUGAGCUGCAUUGUCUUUUUGUAUUUUUUGCAGAUAUUAGUGAGUUGUUUGCUCAUUGGUGCUCUAUAAUUUGUGAAUUUGGUUCUCACUCUUUUUCUCCUUAUCCAUUGUCAUAAAUGUGCAUUGGAGUCAUUCAUGUUUAAUUUAGUAAUUUGAUCAGCUAAAUAAUUUGUGCAUGGUGAUUUUGUUUAAGGUGUAAAAUGUGUUCCUAAUGGUUUUAUGAAGAUCUGAUUACUGUAUAGCAUAAAUGCCAGCUGAAUUAGACGCUUAGGAAGCACAGCUCAAACAGUUAAAAUCUUGCCCGAGGGAAAAAUCGUUUUUUUUUACGCUGUUAGCUGAAACAUCCCUCUUUGCCUUUCUGAUAUUUUACUUGGAACUCAGUAUAUUUUAAUUGAUUGAAAUCAAAUCUUUCAGGACACUUUUGUACCCCACAGAUGAAAGACAGGUGACUUACUGGAUAUUCAUUUGUUUAAUCAAAAAGAAAAUGCCACAGUUAAAAAUGAAGGACUUUCUGCCCUGUUACUGAUCAGCAGAGGUUGUGCUGGUGGUGUCCAUCAGGUUAUGCAUUGCGUUGGCCAUGGCCUAUCUGUGUCCCAUUUGUUGUGGGCUUAUUGGAAAUCUCCGUUUUAGGAGCCUGACCUCUUUGUAAGGAUGCUGUAACAUUUCCUGUGUUGAGUAUCUACAACACAGGACCAGAGCUGUAUCUACUAAGGAAUAAUUAGUUACUGAAACUGGUGUACAAAUUGGGUGUUGUUUGUUUUAUUUAAUAAUAUGCAGGUAUUAAGAGCAAGAACAGUGAUCACUAAAAAAGAACCUAUGGGGUUUUGAUGAAGACAAGCUCUCAGGUUAUGCUGUUGUCCUAGCUUUGCAUAGGCAUGCUGGGUUUUUUGUGCUUCUUAAAAACAUGCCAAACAAUAGAGCUUCAAUGUCUACAGAAAGCAAACUACUGCAUUAACAUUUCAUUGCUGUGCAAAGACUCCACUGCUGAAACAUAGGAAGGGCUUUUUAAGAUUGCACUUCUGAAAACUGAAUGUUUUUCAUUUUUUGUUUUGCAGUAGUUUUUUAUCCUUAAGAACACCGCAAUGACUGAUUCUUAAAGUCCAUGUCAGAUUACUAUAGACAAAAGUAAAUAUUUUAACCGUUGCUUGUGUUUUGUUUGAGUCUUCUCUGAAAUGAAACAGAUAAGCAAAUGCACCUACCAGGCUCACUCUCUGGCCAUGACCUUUAGCGCUCAUUGUUACCCAGUAUUCAUUUGUACAGUGGACAACAGGGAAGCUGAUCUGACUUCCCUGUUGCUUCAAGAAAGUGCAGUCUUUGUCAAAGCUGGCCCAAUUACCCUGAUGUAUGUGUCAAGAACUGCUGUUGAAAUAGGACUUUACUGUUAAUCCUUUAGGAAGUGCAGUAGGCAACUGCUGAUAUAAUGUAGCCUUACAUGACCUCUGUUAGUCUUAAAUUGUUGUUUACUUUAUAUGUGUAUUAUUUGCAUGCAUAAUGUUAUUAUACCCAUGUUUUGCCUUAUUUAUUAUAUUUAUAUAUUUAUUCAAAUACCAGGCUUUUCUGGCAUUGUCUUUUUUGACACAAUUUGUAAACACAAUUGUAGCCAAGUAGGGUGCAUGUAACUUUAAAGACUGUUCGGAUCUGUGUAUAUGAAUGGUGAAUGAGCUGUCAUGGUUCUGUUUUGACUUUCAGAAGUCCAUUGCUUUCAUACCUUUUGGGAAGAUUUCUUUUUCCCUUCCAACCGCUAUCCAUGUUCUUUUUAAAACUCUGUUUUGUAUAUGAAGGUUUUUACAACCUGUUUUGGAAGCUCGUCUGUAAAUAUUUCACUUUUUUCCAUUGUGCAUGUUUUGUGGAAAGCAAUUUUUGGGAUCCAGACACAUUAGUGGACUUCACGCACAGAUGCGAUGACUUGAAGAUGUGAACUGUCUUUCGAUAUGAAAAAACUUUUUACAGGAAUAAAGUAUAUUUUCACAUAAA